AUGGUGGUGGUUGAGUCCGAAGGGCCAUGUGGAUGCUUCGAGGAAGUGAAAUCAUCACGCGAAUCACGUGGUGACAGCUGGGUGCAAGUUGGUUCAGGCAAAGGCGCCUAUGAGAGAGUGACGAGCCUCAAGUUUGUUGGAGCUGGAAAGGGUAGCAUUGACAAGGAAGUGGUGGUCCCGAAUCGAUUCGGCGGAGUAUGUGGUGCAGUGGUAUGUUUGAUGAUGGUUCCCGUUCUGAUAGGCUUGGUGUGGAUUCUCUUUCUCAUCAGAAAACCCGCACCUGGACAAGACGCUGGGUUUGACGUCGUCCUUCCACCUGCUGUGCCGGACUGUGACGAUGGAUUCAGCAAUUGGAAGAGCAUCUGGGAUGAGGGCAAGAAGAAAUAUUGCUGCUCCCAUCACGGAAGAGGCUGUCCUGAACCACGCGUGAAGAUUGUGCCGAAAGUGAAGUAUAACGACGUGUCUGUCCCAAUCCCGUACAAAGUUCAUGUCCGGGUUCCUGUGCCCACGGUGGUGAACAAGAAGGUCGUCGUAGAGGAGCCACCGCCAUAUACAUGCGAAAAAGACUCGCCCGUAGAUUCGUGGAGCUCUCGACAUCGACGCUACUGCUGCUACCUGAAGCAGUUAGGCUGCCGCCCGCAGAUCGUGAACCACAAUGUGUACCACAGAAUUGUCAAGGUGAAAGAAGUCAAGGUGCCCCACUACUUGCCACCAAAGGCAUCCAAGACCAAGAUCACAUACAAGGAGAUACCGUACCCAGUGCCUGAGGUUCCCAAAGUUCAGACCGUCAGAGUCCCGGGACCUGUAAUUGUCAGAACCAGAUAUGUCGAGGUUCCCAAGGUUGUACAUGUUCCAGCACCUGGAGACGUCGAGGUAGUGCGCAAGCCAGUACCGGUAUCGGUACCUUCGAAGCCUAUCGUGGUGAAGCUGCCUCCCGUCUCGCACCAUCGUGACGACUACAACUGCCAUGCCGGUUACUCCAACUGGUACUUCGGCUGGUCUAAAGUGAAGAAGGAAUGGUGUUGCGACCAUGAGGAGAGGGGAUGCCCUGGCACAUGGCACGGAAGCCUCCACAUCCAUCAUGUUCACAUGUCGGGUGUGGGCAGUGCCACCGGGAAAAUCUACGACUGUGAUGCUGGCUUCUCGAACUGGCUUCAGGGUUGGUCUGACUCCAAGAAGAAGUGGUGCUGCAGUAACAAGGACAAAGGCUGUCCCAAGUACUACUGUGAUGGAGAUGAUAGCAGUGACUGGACCGAAGACAAGCAGUCAUGGUGCUGCGAGACCUUUCAGAAAGGCUGUGCCAGCACGACGCUUUCACGCCUGGGCUGCGAAGCACCUUGCACCCUGCAUGGCGACACCUCUACGUGCAAGAGUCGAAUGCAUUGGGCUCGAGGGAAGGUUUUCGGAGGCCAGGCCAAUGCUUGCUCCUUGGCGUACAGCAAGAUUCAGGUGGAGUGUGAUGUGUGCAGAGCUUGCACCAUACAAGAGAUCGGCUGUGAUGUGCAUGUCGCAACAUCGGCUGCCUUCGAUUGUGAUGCAGCAUUCAACAACUUCUUCAGAGCAUGGUCGCCCGCGAAAAAGCAUUGGUGCUGCACUGUGAAGCACAAAGGCUGCGAAGGGAAAUCGCCACCACAUGUGGAUGCCGGUUUUGGCAUGGCAUGGAAAAGGGUUCAAGUCAAUGGGUAUUGGGUAUGGACUGCAGUGCACGUCGGAGGCGUGAGCAUGCCGUACGACUGUCAUGCUGGCCUGGUGCACCACCUCACCGGCUGGUCCCACGGUAAGAAGUCUUGGUGCUGCCAGAACCAGCACUUGGGCUGUGGGGCACUAUCCACGGCGACGCAUGCAACUCAUGUGACGACUGUGACGCAUGUUUUCCACGGAGGUGCAGGGGCUGGGGGGGCAGCCGGAGCUGCCGGAGCAUCCGGAGCUGCUGGAGCAGCCGGAGCAGCAGGAGCAGCAGGAGGAGGAGCUGGAGGUGGCCAUGGCAAUCCCCCAGGUGUCGCUGCAGAUGGGAUGGUUUGGCAGUGGCAUAACCACUGGAUCCAGGUCCACGCAGAUGGCGACUUGCCCUUUAAUUGUGGUGCUGGCUUGGCGAAAUGGAAAGUUGGCUGGUCAGCACCAAAGAAGAAGUGGUGCUGCAACCAUGUCGGAGUUGCCUGCCUUUAA